CAGAAUGGCACUUUAUUAAUCCGGUAUACAAAUGAGUAUCGAGAUCAAGAGGAAUAUUGUUUUAAUUUCUAUGAAGUUGAAGAUAUUGGCGGUGUCAUUUUGCCCUUUGUCUGUCCAAUAGUUAACGAUCGCAAACCGAUAGAUAUUGUCAAAAAUGUGGCAAUGGCAUGCUCGGUUCCAUUCUAUCUUAUAACGAUAUUUUUUUAUUGUUUCUUUACGGAAUUGAGAAAUUGUCAUGGCAAAUGUUUUAUUAUGUAUCUGCUAUAUCUGACUAUUACUUAUUCAUUAAUUUGUUACAAUACUUUGUCUUACGUACAGCUUGGUUUUUAUGAAUGUAUAAAUAUAGGUUAUAUCAUGUACUUUGCCACAAUCGCCUUUUUAACCUGGAUAAGUAUACUCAGCUACGAUACCUAUGUCAGUCUUACGAACCUAGAUUCUAUAACAUUAUUUCGUAGAUACUUUAAAUGGGGAUUUGUUAUACCUGGUGCAACUACAUUUAUAAUAUUUAUGAUACAAUCGUUGAAAAUUAUAGAUGAAAAAUACAAGCCGGGCAUAGAAAAGGAUAGUUGUGGAGUAAAAGUCAACCGCUGGUCAGCGUUUUUUUACUAUUAUAUACCUCAUAUAAUUGUAUUAGUUUAUUGUACGAUUAUGUACUUAAAACUGAUUCGAUUUUUGGUGCUGAAUGAAAGAGACGCUACUGUAUUUGCUGGCAGAAUGAAAACAACGUAUAUGAAAAGGUAUUCCUAA